AUGACAAAAACAAUUGUUGCGUUGGAAAGCAUAAAGUCAAAUAUGUCUCCAAGUUUAUGCAAUAAAUAUGCUUUCAGAAGUUGUAAAAACCAAGUUACGGAUAUAAGUGGAUAUUUACUUAAUUCCGCAAAUCUAAAGUCGACAUUUCUUAAUCGAAAAACACUGGGUUUUUAUACAAGAACAGUUAAUGAAACACGUGAAAUUUCACAAGUGAAUACAGCAAAGUAUCAGUUGCAAGUACCCAAUUUAUUACCAAGAGAACAAAUAAAUUGUCAUUGGAUUUUAUUUUUACCAGAUACAUUCACUUAA